CAUGGUGAGUGGCGCUGCACGCGUUCGGUCGGAUUCCCGGAAAUUUUCGAACUGAAAAUCGAGUCUUGACGUGUUGGCAACGCAUCAGAUCUCGGAUCGGUUUUGGCCUGCUUCUAUGCUUCACGGAAGUAGAGAAAACCAUCCGCAUUUCAGUUCAUUAAAUUUGCACAAAAAGAAAAAAGAAGGAUACGAGUAAGGACGAGCUGAAACAGUUACUCAAACGUGCAGUGUUGAUAAAAAACUAUGUAAGUACAUAGGUAGGUAACGUAAAGCACGGAAAAAAGUUUUUGCAAUGGGCCGCAGCACUCACGACACCAGUAGUAGGGCUACUAGGCGACUGACUGAUUUUAGUGUGCCGAAAAUCCGGAAAAUCGUGCAUAAAGUUAUGACGAAACACUGUGACGAUAAAUUUUAUCACAAAAUUGAUUUGAUAAAAAAGGUUUUAAGGAAACUGAAAGUCCAUCCUGUGGGCUGCAGUGAGACAAGCAAAAUACGAAACAUGAUCAACCGGUGGAUAAACACUAAUAAGCCAACUGAUGAAGAUAAUGAUGAUAAGAAAGAUUUAAAAAUGGAAAUUGCAAAAAUCAAUGAAAGCAAAAACCCAACAGAUAAGCAACAAACAGUUGCAUUAAGUGAAACCACUGGAAAGUCGGCACAAGCUGAUUCUGCACAAGUCGUACCAGUUGUUCUUACCUUGGAAAGGAUAGAUGAACAACAAAUGGUCACAAUUGAUCAAAGCACCAAACAAACUAAUACUGAUGAAAAAGUAAGUGCAUCUGUGAAAGACUUAUCCAAAUUAAAAAAAGAAAAGAUCAUCCCGUUAAUUGAUUUAACGAGUUUGGAUGCUGAUGAGAUUAAAAAAGAGCCAGUAGAGAAUGACGAAGGAUCCAAUGCUGCAUUGGAUAGUCAAGUUGUAAAUGCUGUAAUGCCAGGGUAUAAUUAUAAUUAUUACUAUAGCUAUCCGUAUAAUGGAUAUAAUUAUAAUUAUGAUUAUAACUAUCAUAAAUAUUGGUAUGCUUACUACAAUGGCUAUAACAAUUAUGAUCAGCAGUACAAUAAAAACACAAAUUGUAACGGGGUUUAUACUGCAGCACCUGUCAAUUACACGAAUAACAACGUUUAACACACCUAAUUUAGUUAUAAGUUUAAAACAUAUUAUUACUAGAAAGCAUGACUGUUAAUUUAUUUUAUAAUAUUUCAUUAUAUUUGACAUAAGGGAGCGUGAGCAACGUUUUAUUAUUUUUGAAACGUAUGUACUAGCGAUUGAGUAUAAAGUUUUAAUAAAAAAAGU